AUGCCCUCCUCACCUGCAUUGAUCUUCAUGGUCAUCUUCUUCCUGGAGUUGUUGGCUGCAAUGCUGCAGAAUGGCUUCAUAGUUACUGUGUUGGGCAGGGAGUGGGUGCGACGCCUGGUGCUGCCCGCAGGUGACAUGAUUAUGGCCUUCCUGGCCGCCUGGUUCUGCCUGGACAGGGUGGCCAUCCUGAACAACCUCUUGACCUUCUUUGAAAUGGACUAUUACCACAUACCCUGGAACUUCAUCAACACUCUCGCUUCCUGGCUCACUGCCUGGCUUGCCGUCUUCUAUUGUGUGAAGAUCGCUGUCUUCUCCUACCCUGUUUUCUUCUGGCUGAAGUGGAGGAUUUCUCGGUCAGUGCCCAGGCUGCUGCUGGGCUCCCUGGUCUUCGCUGCAGUGAGCAACGGCUUCUUCAUCACUGUAACAUUGAACAUGGAGUGGUUGCUACAGAGAACACUGUUACCUUGUGAUACAUUAUUAGUCAGCCUGGGGGCCUCUUGCUUCUGUCUGCAGUGGGUGGUGAUGAGGAAGAGCAUUUAUAUUUUCCUGUAUCCAGUGGCCUUCCCAUACAACCCUCUAUUGCAGUGCCUAGCCUUCCAGUUGGACUUACUGAACACUGCCAUAUUAUGGUUCUUCACCUAGCUCAGUGCUUUCUGUUGCGUGAAGACCGCAACCUACACCCUCCUCAUAUUCCUCUGGCCAAAACAGAAGGUGUCUGGGUUGGUUCCAUGGAUGCUGCUUAGUUCUGUGGGACUCUCCAGCUUGAGCACCAUCCUUUUCAUAGGCAACCAGAGCUUAUAUCACUACUUUUUAAGGAGAGGGUUGCAAUCUUGGAAUGCCACUGGAAAUACUAUAAGAUCAUACGAGAAAUCCUACUUCUCUUUAAAACUUGUUACCUGGACAGUCUUUAUUCUUGUCUUCUUUUUUUGCAUGGUUUUGCUCAUGUCUCUAGAAAGACACAUUAAGAAGGCCCUGCUGUAUCACGGCUUUCGUGACCCCAGUGCCCAGCCACACAUCAAGGUUCUUCUGGCUCUCAACUCCUUUGCUAUCCUCUUCACCUCCUACUUUCUGUCGGUGCUCAGCAUUGCAGGUGUUUUUCUCUUGGAAUUUAGGCACUGGGUGUGACAGGCAAUGAUUUAUUUAUGCAUAGCUGUCCACCCCAUACUGCUCUUGAGCAGCCCCAAGCUGAGAGGUGUGCUGGAGGGGGGCUGCCGUGCACAGUGCUGGGCAUCUUGA